UGUCUAUGAUUUCUUUAAUUUCCGCCCGGCAUCGUCGAGAGACGCAUCGUCAUUGUGCAGUGAAUUAAACUUUCUUGAAGUCUGUCUGUUGAGUGAUUCAAACAUCGAAUCCGAAAUGGCUUUACCACGAGUCUUUAUGGACGUAGCCGCUGAUGGAAAUUCAUUGGGAAGGAUUGUCAUCGAGCUGAAGUCUGACGUGACACCAAAAACAUGCGAAAACUUCAGGGCACUCUGCACCGGAGAGAAGGGCUUCGGCUACAAGGGCUCCACCUUCCACCGCGUCAUCCCCAACUUCAUGUUGCAAGGAGGUGACUUCACAAACCACAAUGGUACCGGGGGCAAGUCCAUCUAUGGCGAAAAGUUCGCCGACGAGAACUUCGUCCUGCGCCACACCGGACCUGGUGUCCUCUCCAUGGCUAACGCCGGACCCAACACCAACGGAUCACAAUUCUUCAUCACCACCGUGAAGACCUCCUGGCUAGACGGCAGGCACGUCGUCUUCGGCAAUGUCAUCGAGGGCAUGGAUGUUGUAAAGCAGGUGGAAUCUAUGGGAUCCCAGUCUGGCAAGCCAUCAAAGAAAGUCGUCAUUGCUGACUGUGGUCAGCUGUCUUAAAUUAAUGAAUACUGUAAUAUUUAUGCAUAAAAAUGAUACUUUAAGUUUAAUAAUAUUAUAAUGUCCUCCUGAGAACCUUCCUACUUUAAAAAUUAAAGUAUUUUAAUACUGAGGGUCAUUCCAAUGAAUUAUGUUUACAACAUUUUAACUGUUGCAAGUUACGGAUUGCAUUUAUUUCUGUACAUUGAUUAUUCAUAAUAAAAUAACUUAUAUAUAAUAAAACA